AGCGCGGACUACCGGAGCGGUUCCCUCGUUCCGUAGAGCGCGCCCCACUAACAUCGGUGCAGUUCGCGCUAAAUGUUAAGUCAAAGCUCCAGGUUCAGGGUCUAUCAAAGAGCUAGGUAUUACGGACUACGGCUCCUAGGAAAAUUCUUUUGUACUCUUCCAUCUAGCCAGGAUAACUUAUAUCCGCAAAUUCAAGUAAUAAUGUUUCUGCUGGUGCAGUACGGACUCUAUCUUCACUCAUCCCCGGCUUUAUCAUUUGCUUUCCCAUCUCUCUUGAAGUUCUUCUCGUAACAAUGAUCGAUCAAUGACUAAUGGAUCAGGGCGACGCUGAUCUGCCUUGGUGUUCAAUUUCCGAAUCUAUGGAACCCCCUGGCACUGUGGAUACAGUUCAUCGAGAUAGCUAUCUC